GUUCGACUUGCGUAAACACACCUUUCUUUCUCGCCUCUUCUUCUUCUCUCUCUCAUUUCUUCGAUCUCUCUCUUUCUAUCUCUAUCUCUAUUUCGAUCUCACUCAUCUGACAGUGUCCACCCCCGUCUCCAAAACUGUGGAGUGCUUCUCUUGGCUUGAACUAUUGACCAGCUUUAUCCCCCAUUAAUUCCUCUUAUCGCGACUAGUCCAUCCUGAUUCUCCCUCCAAUGUCUUAAUGUUGUCCCAAUCGUCUCCCAUCCCCAGAGGCAAUCGUCGCUCGAGUGUUGGAGCCAAAUCCCGCGUCUGCGUGCAUUGCGGCCGCAGUUUUCGGAGAACAGAACACCUCGAGCGCCAUGUUCGCACUCAUACCAAGGAGAAGCCGUAUGCAUGUUUCUGCGGGGCGGCCUUUACGCGGCGGGACCUGCUGAAGAGACACACCCGCAUUUCCCACCAAAACAAUGGCCUUAUCUCGCCCAACUCCCAGCCAGAACCGGAUAGUCCCGAACAUGCGGGUGGUCUCCGCGCCUCAGAGCAGUCGACGGUCCACCAGCAACAGCCGCAGCAAAAUCCACCACCGAAAUCUCAAGCACAGUCCCAAUACACCGUCCCCUUGGCGGUCCGGUCGGAUGUCCCCAUCCCGGUGUCGACGACCACGGAACACUGGUCAGGUCCCCAGCACCGAUCCUAUCUGGCGCCUGAUCAGUCGAUGUUGAGCACGGAGGGCGUGGGUGUCAGUACAGGCAUGGUUGCGCAGCCUCCCAUCACCCACGACGCAGACAUCCUACAGGCGGCCCAGCUUCUCCUCCCAGGGAACUUUCGAGAUGCGCAGCCUCCAGCCCAACCACUACCGUACCUGCCCGAAGAGCUGAAUCACUUUCAAGAAUUCACCCAUUUCUUGGACUCCAUCGGGUUGCCGUCCGAAUGGGUGCCGACCAUGGGGGAUGCCCCCCAGGUCCAUCAUCCUGUCCCGGGAGAUGUCCCCGACUCCGGCAUGAAGGUCAAAGAGCCCCAUGUCGUUUCCCGUCGGGCACAUGGAGAACGUGCUCGCGCGGACUCCCCCUUUCGAUCCUGGCUGCCAUCAGUUCCGCCCGGAGACCAGAGCUUGGGAACCGUCUCGGAUUAUGAACCUCCCCAGACAUCUACAAAGUCCUCGCCGCUCAAGGUCAGCGAAGAGCAAAGGCUGGAUCUGGUGGCGUCGUUGGAAGAAUUCCGGCAUCUGAUCCCCGAUUUUGUCCUGCCUUCUCGGCACACCCUGACCCGAUAUUUGACCUCCUUCUUUGACGGGUUUCACCCCCACCUGCCGUUCAUCCAUGUCCCCACACUGCGGAUCCACGAGCGCCCACCGGAGCUGAUUUUGGCGCUCUGCACCCUUGGUGCGCAAUAUCGUUUCGAGCAUCGUAAUGCCGAAAGAAUGUUCCACGUCACCAAAGCCAUCAUCCUCCAUCGACUCUCCAAGGAAGCGCCGCAAGUAGCCCCAGCCACGUGCAACACGGUGGUCCAGAUCCCAUUGGCUCAAAUUCGCGACCCUCACUCUCAGCAUUCCUCGGCUCUCCCGCCGUCCGAAAACUAUCUCGGAAUGGUCGCAUGGAGACAAUUGGAAAACAUCAGGACCCUUCUGGCCCUCAUGGGAUACGCCACCUGGGAAAGGGCCGAAUUGGUCCAAGAAGCGUUUGCGCUGCAGGGCCUGCUCGUGCGCUGCCUGCGUGAGCUGGGCAUGACCGAAAACAUUACCGUAGCCCCGAGACAUCGGCCUCUCCAUUGGCACGAGUGGGCAGAGGAGGAAUCCAUCCGUCGCACUCGGUUCAUCUCCUUCUGCUUUGUCCAUAUCCACAGCAUCGCUUACAACAUCUACCCGGUUCUCAGAAGCAGCGAGGUUCACCUGCGCCUUCCAUGCUCCACAAGGGAAUGGAACGCCCCGACGGCCCACGAUUGGGAGAUGGUGGAGCGGGAGGUCGGCACCCAGCAAUUGUUCUUUCAAGAUGCAUUGGCGCUUCUCUUGCAACCGUCUCGGGCGCCCAUUUUACUAGAUCCAAUUCCAACGCCUUUGGGGAAUUACAUUCUUCUCCACGGCUUGUUACAACGCAUCCAUCUGGUGAGCGAGCUCUCCAUCCCGCAUGGGACCGAGUCACUCGCGCUCCCAACCGAGGAGCUCAACAAACUCGAGAGAGCGCUCCGCUCGUGGACGUCUGUUUGGCAGCAGGCUCCUGAGUCCAGCCUUGACCCUCACAACGAGAAUGGCCCUCUCCCUUUCACGUCCAGUGCUCUAUUAGGCUUGGCUUACGUACGCCUGUCCCUUAAUUUGGGCCCGUUCCGUCAACUCAAAACCCGCGAUCCGUAUCGCAUUGCCUCCGCGUUGCACAGUUCUCCUCGCCCCGAAAGAAGCUAUCGAUUGACUCCGGCCCUCAUCUAUUCGGCCCACGCGUUGAGCAUCCCGGUCAGACUCGGGAUCGACCACGUCGCCCGCAGCCAAGCCUUCUUCUGGAGCGUUCGACAUUCCAUUGCCAGUCUCGAAUGCGCGGUGCUCCUCAGUAAAUGGCUGUUUUCUCUGGCAGAGACGGAUGAGGAUCAGAACCUGAGCGAGAAUGAGAGUCGAAUCUUGCACUGGACCCGGUGCAUCGUCCAAGAAGCCUACGACUCGAUGGAUUUGGAAGAAGGGGAGGUCAUCCCCGGUAUGGACCCUGGUGGCCUUGGGGUUGCCGUGAUAAAGCUGUGGGCCCGUCUCUUCCGGAAAAACACGCAGUGGCCGUUUAUCAAUGUCCUCGGCGAUAGCCUGGAGAAAUACUUAUCCUUACUCCGCCCGGGCUGAGAAACAUCGGUUGUCAAAUUGCAGUCAAUCAACCAAACAUCAAUCUCCUUGCGGACCGGACGGUUCAGGCACAUGGGCCGGCGAAACUAUCGCCCCAACGCAGCAGCAUCGAACCCGAUUCUUAUCUCGCUGCCCACAUACCAUACUUGGUCUUCCCCGCUGCGUCAGAAUGUCACGGACAGACCAUGGGAGCUUUCUCCGCACAUCCUUCCUCCCUUGUGGAAGGUUGGUAGGACAUGAGAGGGACAGAACACGCUCGCGACCCAGACUCCAGCGUCCAUCGAAUUGGCCAUACCGGGGCAUAUCGUCAGGAGCGGCCGAAAGCAGGAUCCGCUGUCCAUGCAGCAUCAAGGGGCGGCCGACUCUUAUCUUAUCCGAUGGUAUGGGAGGUACAUAAAGGAGGCACUCGAUCAUUGCGUUUCGUAAUCCGCAUGGGGAUUUAUCACAUCGCCCGUUUAUUCCGGCCGGGAACAGCAGAGAGAUGGCAACAGCGGCUUGAGAGUAAUUUCCUAGCGUUACAAAUCUACGGGUCCAGGAGCU